AUGAGCUACAGAAGACGAGACAAGCACGACGACUCGCCCCAGGAGGACAGCGGCGCCUCCAAGGACGACUUUAGCCACUCCAAAGACGACAAUCGCCACUCUCCAUACUUCGUUGCAAAACGACACCACACCUCAGUCGCCACCCAUCUUGGAUCCAUCCAUUACCAGGCGCUAGCAUUGGUGUUCGUGGCGUGGCUAGCAGCGUUGCACUACUUCGAGAGGAUAGAAGUGGCUAGUGUCAUCAACAAGUGCCAAUGGACUAACUGGGAACUGUGGCCUCUGGGAACAGAACCACACCGUGUGGCAUUUUUGGCAGAUCCCCAGAUAGUGGACGAGUACUCGUACGAGGGCAGACCAGCGUUGUUGAACUACAUCAUCAGGCGAAUUGCUGACAACUACCUCCACAGAAACCACCGCUACAUCCAGCAGGUGCUUGACCCCCACACCACCAUCUUCUUGGGCGACCUCUUCGACGGGGGACGGGAGUGGGAUGAUGAUGUAUGGCUCAACGAGUACAGACGCUUCAACGCAGUGUUUCCCAAGCAAGCCAACAGAAGAACCAUCAACAUCGUCGCAGGAAACCACGACAUAGGCUUUGAGAAAAUUGACCACCAUGUGCUCCACCGGUUUGCCCAGUACUUUGGCGACCUGAACGACUACGUGGAGUUGGGCAACCACACAUUGGUGUUCUUGGACACCAUCUCGUUGUCACACCCAGACCCAGUCGUGAAUGCUGCACCCAAGCAAUUCUUGGACACCAUCAACGACAAAAUCAACACCAAGUUUCCACGCAUCUUGUUGCUGCAUGUGCCUCUCUAUCGCUUCAACGACAAGUCGCCCUGUGGGCCAUUGCGUGAGAAACAAACCCCGUUCCCCAUCCAGAAGGGCAAGCAAUAUCAGACAGUCAUCGAGUACGACAUCAGCCAGAAAGUUCUCGCGACCAUCAACCCGGUGGUCCUUUUCGCAGGCGACGACCAUGACUAUUGCGAUAUCCACCAGUUCUACACGUUUGAAGAUGAACUACGCAUCGCCAGAGAAAUCGCAGCCAAAUCGUGUGCCAUGACCAGUGGAAUCAAGUACCCGGCAAUACAGUUGCUUUCAUUAAAUAAUCCAGUGGAUGGCCAUUUGAAUCCGAUAGACUCCGUGGGAAAACCUGCUGGCUCAAGUUAUCCUAGGAACGAUUUAAGAUCUAGCGACUCGACGUUCACCUACAACACAGAAUUAUGUUACAUGCCAAAUCCAUACAAGUCGUUGCGGGUAUACGGAUUAAUUUUUGAAUCUUCCGCAGGCUGA